AUGAAAAAAGUAGAGUCACUCUAAUAUAUUGAAAAUAGCUCUAAGAAUAAAUAGAUAUCAUAAAAUCAUGUCAAUAAUGAUCUGUUAUUUUAUUUAUAUAUACUAGUAAUCAUUCAAAUGUACAUGAAACACCAGAAAAAAUAAAGAACUCAAGUAUUGAUAUAGGUUAGAAAUAGCGAUAAAGUUCUUUUGAUUAAUUUAAUCGAAUCCAAUUUCAUGAGUAAAAUAUAUGAUUGAAUAUUUAGGGAAACAUUCCCAUUAGAAAGUAAUUAUGACAGAAAUAUUGAUAAUUCAAAAAUGUCUGAAUAUUCAUUAUAAAGUAUUGAAAGAGAAGACAUGGUUGAAGAUAGAGUUAAUAAUCAUACACUCCAUAAAUCAAUACAUAUCUAUUCUAAAUUUAUAUCCUCAGCAUCUCAUUAGUUAAAUAUGCAAUAAAAACCAGAGCCAGAACCUGAAAAGCCAGGAAUUCUCAUAAAUCUCUUAAAUGCAUUUAAUCAGUAAUAAGAAGUAUAAGCUGAAUAUUUUAAUGAUAUUGAAUAUGACAAAAUCAUAAGUAGACAUAAAAAACUAAUACAAAGGAACACAAUCAAAGAUCCAUAUUACGUUAGAUUAGUUAAAUUAUCUGAAUUUCAAAGAUUAAAUUAUGAGUUGCAAGUAACUUUUUAUAAUUUAUUAAGAAAUAUAAUGACAAUUUACCUUUCUUAAAUCUAAGAAAAGGCUUCAUAUAUGUCAUAUACAGUAUCCCAAUAAUGGCAAGAAAAAUAGUAAAUAAUUUUAUAUUUAAAAUAUUGAUGACAUUUCUCAUCUUAUUUAAUGUUGUAUUAUAUAUUGUUGUUAAAACAAAUGGAAGAACAGAUACUGAUCAUAUAGAAGAAGUAGUUAUGAUUUUAUUUAUUUCUGAAAUAGGAUUAAGAAUUAUAGCCAGUGGUGUGUUUUUUAAUGAUUAUGCUUUUUUUAGAAAUAUGGAAAAUAUUUAUGAUUUUGUACUCAUAUUUUUCACUGCUAUGAAUCUUUAUUAUCCUGAAAUCAUUAUUAUUGAUAUAUCACCAUUAAGAUUAGUAACAUUAUUGAUGUAUUUGACAAACAUAUUUCAGGGAUUAAAUGUUAUGAUGACUGCCUUAAAAUAGUCAUUCAAAUACUUAAUAGAGGCAUUGAUGAUAGUAAUAUUAUUUUCAUUAAUAUUUGCAUCAAUUGGUAUAUUUCUAUUUUAAGGAUUAUUCAAUUAUAGAUGUCAAUAUGAAAAUGGUGAUGAAACUGAUGGUUGGAUAUAAUGUAAUUAAGAUUAAUGUCCUUCUGGAAUGUAUUGUAUGUAUAGUGAUUAUACACCUAAAAUGCCUACUUCUUUCAAUAAUUUAAUUGGUUCUUUAGGUUAAAUUCUUAGAACUAUUACUAUGGAUGAUUGGAGUUGGGUUAUGUUUUUUACUAUGAGAAUAUUUCAUCCAUGGAUUUGGCUUUAUUAUUUAUUAAUAAUUUUUAUUGGAGGUUUCUUUGGAUUCAACAUAGUUAUUGCAGUUUUGAAAGUCCAUUAUUCAGAGGCAACAGAAGAAAAUAAAAAAAGAGAAGAAGAAAAAGAAAUUUAAAAGAGAUUGAAAGAAGAAGAGGAAUAUCCAGAAAGAAAUUUAUUAGAAAUUUUAGAUGUUGCACAUUUAAGAGAAAUUGGUAUAUAUAAAGUGAUCAAAAAAUAUAGAAAUCACUUAAAUGAAGUUUCAUUUAAAAAAUAUACUAUUGAAGAUCCUAGUACUUUUAAGAAAUCAUAUCAAACUACAAGAACAUUGUCAGCCAAAUAAAAAUAAAUGGAAAGUGGUAUAAUUAAAUUACCAUUUAUACAAUAUAUUACAAGUUUUACUUGGAAAAGAUUUCUUUUACCAAAAUUUGAUCUUUUAGAUGCAUUAAUUAAGAAAAUCAAAAUAAAAAAUUAUACUGAAGAUGAAUUUAAUAUGAAAGUUAUUGAAAAAAUUAAAACUUAUAAAUUUUCAAGAUUAUAACCCUAAGUUAAUAAGGAUGUUAAAUAAAAUUUUAAUUCUUAAAAUGAAGUAUUACUUAAAUUUAUGUAAUUAUAAUUUUGAUUAUAUUUAGUAAUUAAUAAGAUUUAAUUCAAAAAGAGAAAAAUUUUAAUCUAGAAAAGAUAAGAUCCACAAAAUUCAAAAUGAUUUAUCAUGAAAUGAAAAUUGAAAAGUAAAUAUUGUAUGGCAAAACUUAAUUUGCAAAAUCAAGUUUUCCCACUAAGAGCAAGGCCUAAUCACCAUUUAUGAGUAUUUACUAAAAGAAAGCUGAACAGAGCACAGAUUCAAUUGUUAAUUUCGAGUAAAUUAACCCUAAAUCAUUUAAUAAAAUGAAAGAAUCAUAAAUUUUAGAAACUUACUAUAAAAAUUUCUCUAUUAUUAGAAAUGGAAAACCUUAUAUAUUUGUUUAAGGAUAUUAUAUAAAUUUUGAAGGAGUUUAAGAAAAAAUAAAUUAAAAAAUCCCAUUAAUAAUUCAUGAUUAAGUGUCCAACAAAUUUAAAUAUAAAUGUAUGAGAAUGAAGGAAUAUUAAAAUCAUAAAACAAUUACUAAACAUAAUUGGUCAGGUAAAGAUGUACUUGAAAUCAAUAAAAAGAGAUUGUAGUAUUUUCAUAUAGUUUUAUUGUUGCUUAAUAAAAUAGACAUAAUUAUUUGGAUUAAUGGAAUUAAAGGACUAUACAUAAUGUCAUAAAAAUAUGCAUAUUUAAUAGCAACUAGCAGAUUUAGUCAAUUCUUUUUUGAUUUAGUAAUACUUAACAAUUUUACAUUUUUAUCACUCUAAGGAAUUGUGGAUAUCAAUAUUAUAUCAACAGUUGAAGAUAUUUCAACAAUAUUUUUAUGUUUUGAAUUGGUAAUGAGACUUUUGGGUUAUAAAUUUAAAGAUCUUUUAAGAUCUCCUGAUUUAAUUUUAUAAUCUGUUAUUGUAAUAAUAAACUUUUUUGAAUUAACAAUUAGUGAUUAUAUGACAACUUAUUUGAAUGAAUAAAAUUUAAGAUUAAUUAGAGGUACUAAGUGUUUGCUUUUUUAUAGAUGUCUUAAAUAUAAUAAGAUGGCAAUUACUAUUGGUCAUAUUGCUUCUAUGACUUUUGAUUAAUACAUUUAUUUAACUUUCCUUAUGUUUUUAGUGAUAUUCAUGUAUGCUCUAACUGGAAUGGAAAUGUUUGUAGGAAAAUUCGAUUAAAAUGAUUCACUUGGACAAUUACAUUCUUAUGAGAAUAUCUUUAAAUCUUUUAUGACAAUAUUUAAUAUUAUGACUAAUGAUGAUUGGUAUGGAGUUUAUGUGAUUGGAAGUGAUAUUAAUUUUACUUUUUCAAUAAUCUACUCAUUUUCUUUGGUAUUAAUACUAAAUUAUCUAACAUAUGGUUUAGUUAUGGCUGUCUUAUUAGAUGGAUUUGGAAAGUAUUUAGAUUAACCAAUUGAAGAAAUUCAAAAUUAAAUGUAGAAGAACAUUAAUGAAUAAUUGUAGCAUAUUACAUAAAAUUCAGAUGAAAUACAAAUGCAAUUAGUUGAAACUAUUUAAGAAUCAAUAAUGACUAAUAAAAAUAUGACAAAUGAAGAACUAAAUAAAUCUAAACCAAAUUUAAUUUACAAUUUAAUUAAGUCAAUAAGUAAAUAUUUAAUAUUAUUUACUUUUAGAAUAAAUUAAUAGAAAGUUAUUAUUAAGAACACCUAAAUUAUAUGAGGGUAUAGAAUGUGAAUCAUCAUUAUUUUUAUUUGAGAAAGACAACAUAUUUCGUAUUGUAUUAACUCAUAUUACAACAUCUAUGAUAUAUGUAUAUAUAAUGGAUAUAGUUACUUAUCUUUCAAUCAUUGCUUUCAUACUUAAAACUUAUAAUGAUUAUGAAACAGAUAGUGAAUCAUAUCCAGAUACUCUUCAAUUCUCAUGUAAUAUAAUUCAAUUAGCAGAUACAAUAUUUAAUAUUAUUGCAAAAGGUUUAUUUAUGGAUCAAGGAUCUUAUUUAGUAUCUACAUUCUAAGUUUUUGAUUUUAUCUAUUAAGUUUCAAACAUCAUAGCAUUUGGUAGUAAUCCUGAUGAUUUUAAGCCAAUUCUCAAAAUUUUACUUUAUUUAGGUUAUUUUAGACCAAUGAAAUUAAUGUAUAGAUUGAGUUGGCUAACAAAUUUAAGAGAAGCAAUUGGAAGAUCAUUAUUUGAUAUUUUUAAUGUUAUAAUAACUCUUUUAUCAGUGUGGAUAAUGUUUGGAGUUUAUGGUAUAAUACUUUAUGAAUAAUAAUUUGGAUAUUGUGAAGAUAAGAUGGCUUUUGAAGUAAAUAAAGAAACUUGUUUAAGUGAAGGUAAAAUAUGGGUAAAUUAUAAACAUAAUUUUGAUAAUAUUACUAUUGCUAUUCCGACUUUAUUUGUAACAGCUACAUUGGAUGGAUGGGGAGAAAUAUAUUAAGUUGCUGAGAAUAGUUAAGUGUCUUCAAUAGGUCCCUAACCAUUUAAUUCAUAUGUUGUAACUUAUAUAUUCUUUUUACUUUUUGUUUUUAUAGGAUCAAUGUUCUUUUUAAGUCUUUUCACAGGUGUGCUUUAUACAAAUCUAAAGAAAAAUCAGAAAAAAAUUGAAAAUACAGAAGUUACUUAAUCACAAAAGGAAUUUAAAGAAAUUUCAUCUAUGUUAAUAAAAGAUUUUCCAUAAUUUUCAACUCCACCAACAAAUGGAAUAAGAAAGAUAUCUUCUGAUAUUACAAGUAGUAUUACAAUUUAAAAAUGUUUAUUUCUACUUUUAUGGGUUGAUUUUAUUAUAUUAUUGAUGUUUACAUCAGAUAUGAGUGAUGAAUACUUUAGAACUAUUAAUGAUGUUCAUAAUGCAUUAAGUGGUAUUUAUUUUAUUUGGGUUAUUUUGUUAUUUUUGGCAUUAGGUGUAAAUAGAUUUUUUGAUAAUUAUUGGAGAAGAUUUUAUUUUUUUUUAAUAGUAAUUGCAGUAAUUGAUUUUAUAGCAGAUUAUUCAGUAGAUUGGAUUAUGAUAUAUUACAAAUCAACACCAAAUGAUAAUGGAUUCUAAUUACUUCGUUUAUUCUUUUCUUUAAGAAGUUUAAGAAUUAUAUUAAUAUUCUAAGGAUUUAUAAAUUUAUAAAGAUUAAUAAAUGUGAUUCUUUUUGCAUUACCAUAUUUAGGUAAGAUCUUUUCAAUUUUAUUAAUUACAAUGUUAGUAUUUGCUUUAUUUGGUUGUUAAUUGUUUGGUACAAUAGAUGCUGGAUAAGUAUUAGAUGAUUAACUCAAUUUUAUGACAGCUGCAAGUGCUAUGAUGACAUUAUUUAAAUGUGCAUCAGGUGAUGAUUGGAGAACAAUUAUGACAGAUACAAUGCAUUAUAAUCCUUUAUGUUGGGAAGAUCCUAAAUAUUGUGGAUCAUUUGCAAGUUAAAUAUACUUUUUUUUAUUUAUGUUCUUUUCCACUUAUGUUCUUUUAACACUUUUUUUAUUAAGUUUGGUAGAAUAAUUUGAAUCAUUUUUCCAAUUAUAAGACUCACCAAUUCAAUCAUAUAUAGAAAAUAUUGAUAAAAUUAAAACAAUAUGGUGCAAAUAUUCUUCUGAAACAAAAGGAUAAACAAUGCAUUAUAAAUUUUUAUGCAAAUUUCUAUUAGAUAUUGGUAAACCUUUAGGAGGAGGAGAAGAAGAGAAUCUUUGGGAUGUUGCUAAAAUUGCAUCAUCAUUUAAAUUAAAAUGGUAAUUAAUUUAGAUUUAUUUAUAGUGAUCAUUAUGGUUACAUUUAAUAUAAUUAAUUGAUUUAUGAAUUAUUUAGAGUUAAAUUUCAUUCAGAUGUUUUUAAAGAUGGUAGUCAUGAUUCUAUCAAAUAAAUUAAGUAAUUUAACAAAGAAAUGCAAUUACGUUUAAUGUAUUAUAGAAAAAACAGACAUAUUGAAAGAUCGAACAUAAGUUCUGCACUUUAAUUAAAAGCUAAUUUCAAUAUUCUUCAUGAUUAUCUUACUGUAUUAAUUCUCUUUAAAACUUGGGAAUCAUACAGUAAGAUUCUCAUUAAAAAGUUAGCUAUCAAAUAGAAUUAAUUUUCAGAUGAUGCUAUAUCAAUGGAUAGUGAAUUAUAAUAGAAGUAAUUAUUAUAUUAUUAUUAUGUUAGUAACUAAAAUAAUUUAAAUCACCUAAUGGAACCAGAAAUGUUUGAAGUUUCAUGUGAAGAAGUAGGAAAUAUUAAUUGUAAUAUCGAAAACAAAAAACAUCAUCAUACAAAUGAAAGUUAAAAUUUAUCAAAUGUUGAAUUGCCAAUCUAUUAAAGUGCUUCACCAUUCUCUAUUUAAGAAGAAGAUGUUAAAAUAAUACUCUCUGCUGCUGGAGAAAAGCAGUCUAUUAUAUGA